CGCCAGUUAAAGGGAAAGCCAGCGAGAGGGACACAGGGAGGCUGCUGCUUCUCCAUCCCAGGCAGAAGCAGAGCAGCGGCUCGCGGGGAGCCCGGAGAACCACUCGCCAGGACUGAGGGGGAUAAAAAGAAGAAGUUAAGGGACAUUCAGGAAGAGCAAAUUGAUUUUUAACAGGAUCCCGUCUGAAUUAAAUGGCUGAUAAACAGAUCAGUUUACCUGCCAAGCUGAUCAAUGGAGGGAUAGCUGGGCUGAUUGGAGUUACCUGUGUAUUUCCCAUUGACUUGGCAAAAACUCGCCUGCAGAACCAGCAAAAUGGCCAGCGGAUGUACACCAGCAUGUCUGACUGCCUCAUUAAGACAAUCCGGUCGGAAGGUUACUUCGGCAUGUACAGAGGGGCUGCAGUGAACCUGACUCUAGUGACACCAGAAAAGGCCAUCAAGCUAGCGGCCAAUGACUUCUUCCGGUAUCAUCUCUCCAAAGAUGGGAAGAAGCUGACGCUGCUGAAAGAGAUGCUGGCCGGCUGCGGGGCGGGCACCUGCCAGGUGAUUGUCACUACUCCCAUGGAGAUGCUCAAAAUCCAGCUGCAGGAUGCAGGCCGAAUUGCGGCCCAGAAGAAGCUAAUGGCAGCACAAGCCCAGCUCUCCUCCACCACUAGUGCUGGGGCAGCAGAGUCAGUAGUGGAGACACGGACCACGGCGAUGCAAAUCACCAGGGAACUACUUCGGAGCAAAGGCAUCGCCGGGCUUUACAAGGGCCUUGGGGCCACGCUGCUAAGAGAUGUCCCGUUUUCCAUCGUUUACUUCCCCUUGUUUGCGAACCUAAACAAGCUGGGCCAGAAGAGCCCUGAUGUCAAGGCCCCGUUCUAUGUGUCCUUCCUAUCCGGGUGCCUGGCAGGCAGCACGGCAGCGGUGGCUGUGAAUCCAUGUGAUGUAAUCAAGACAAGGCUGCAGUCCUUGAAAAGGGGAGUGAAUGAGGACACAUACUCAGGAAUCCUAGACUGCACCAGGAAAAUCUGGCAGAAGGAAGGGCCCCUGGCCUUCCUGAAGGGGGCGUAUUGCAGAGCCUUGGUCAUCGCCCCACUCUUCGGCAUUGCACAAGUCGUCUAUUUCAUAGGCAUCGCAGAAUUCUUCCUAGACAUGCUUCCGAAGCGCCGGGAUUAACCCUCGUGCGCGCUCACUGCUGGUCAGAAUUCAUCAAGCAUUCGUCGUCGUCGAUGGUUUCUGAGCAACAGCACAAAGGGUUAAAGCAACAACCUCGAGGGUGAAGGUCGUCUCCCAAACAAAAAGUCCGUUCCACCUCUCGAUAUGCCCCCACCCCUUCUGGCCCUCCAGGACAAUGCUUAAUUAUGCAUAUCUAUUAUUUUUAAUUGUCAUUCUUAAAGACACUGGUUAGCACAGACUGGGCUCACAGACCCCGGACCUUCUCCCAGCAAUAGGGGGGGGAGAAACUGACCACACUUUCUGAAUUACCAGGUAGUCAAGAAAGGAGCAAAGAACCAGACUUCGUUCCCCUAGUCCCUCUUCUGAUGUGCCAGGCCUCUGGGAAGAUAAGGCCCCAGCACACCUUCUAAAGGGGGACCCAUAUUGUCAGUAGAGGAAGCAGGUAGAUGCCGCAAUCAAAAAGUUUCUUUAUAAGGACCUGUCCUGAAACUCCCCUAAAAUCAGCUGGACUUGGAUGAACUUCUUGGAGAUCAGAGGAGGGGGAAGGUUUUUUUGUUGUUUUGGUUUUUUUUUAAUUUUAUUUUAAUCAAAGGGACUUCCCUCUUAAAUAGGAGCCAUGGGGCCUAUGUGGAGGGAGAUGUUCGCUGCACGUAUUUGCAACACGUUUGCUCUGAAAGAGUAUGUCUGUGGGAUCAUGUGUGAAUGUCUUCAGGUGCAUGAGUGUUUAGCUACGAGCUACAGGCGGGAGAGGGGAGAAUUUAAUGACAUGGGAUCAACUUUUUAUUUAUACAGGAAAAACAAAUCCAAUUACAUUCCUUAAAUCAGUCCAGCUCUAAUGUGUCAAGCAGUUGCUCUACCCAGAGUACUGGUUGUGUGUCUUUUGGCCUGUCUCUAAGAUGCAUUCCUCUCCUCCUUUCCUGUGGUUGUUUGCACUCACAAAGGGUCACUUAAAAAGAUGGUCUCAGAGUCAGGCCUUUUGGUUAAAGAUCAGGAUAGGCCACGUCCUCAGUUGAUGUAAAUGGUUGUAGAUCCUUUGAAGUCCGUGAGCUCUAUUGAAAUCAGUGAGACUAUGAUUGUGUACACCAGCUGAGGAUCUGGCUCAAUGUACUUGGGGAUUGAGUUACCAACUUCUUUAUCCAGACCAAAAUUGGGAUGUGGAAAAGAAAUGAGGCCAGGGCAUCUGUUUUAGUUCCACAGGAACCUAAUUCCAUAUGACUUAGGGCUGGUCUAUACAGUGGGGAUCGAUCUAAGAUACGCGACUUCAGCUAUGUGAAUAGCAUAGCUGAAGUCAAAGUAUCUUAGAUCAAUUUACCUCUCGUCCUAACAGCGCGGGAUCGACGUCUGUUGCUCCCACUGUCGACUCCGCUACCGCCGUUCACACCGGUGAAGUUCCGGAGUCGACGGGAGCAUGUUUGGGGAUCCAUCACUACCCGCCAAUACGGCAGGUAGUCUAGAUGUACCCUUACCUUUCAAAGGCCAUGUCUGGUUUUGCUAUGAUGUUUUCUCUGAAGUACAUACAGAGAGGCAGUAUGACUUCAAUCGGAUCCACACUGGCACAAGAGCCUGCCUCUGUGUGUCCAGUUGUGGGAUUGAGGAUGAUAGCCAGACUUACUGCUCACUUUGGGGAGGUAGUCAUUGACUGGAUAACAGGCUGGCAACCCUAGACACAUAUAGUUUCUGUUAAAGGGACACUAAUGUUUUAAAAAAACCCAAACCUUUUCUUUAUCUAUAUUCACAAUAUCACUUUGAAUUCUCACAAGGGAAAGAACUGAAAAUCUGGUGUGCUUUAUUAUUGCACUUCAUUCCAUUUCAACAUGUAAACUAAACUGGUCAGUUUCACUUUUUGUUUAUAGUCUACUUCACUUUCUGCUUCCCCAUCACUAGCAUCAUGGUGCUGUUUGUGUUUCAGAUGAAGAAUAAUUUAAAAAAAAAAGUUUCCCCUUGAAAUCUCUGUGUACUUCAACACUCUUUAUUUGGGUUUUGUAAAACUUUUUUCUUUGUAAAACCUAAAUUGGAGGCCAAUUGUCCUGAUCAUGUACCUUUUAAUGUAGAGAAGGUUGUUACACAGCGAAUUUCUCACUUUUGCCUAUGAGAGACAUAAAAAAUGACUCUCUGCUAUGUAGAAAAGGGAAUCUGCAUAGAUGACCUCUCUAUUCAUAACAAUCUUUUGUGAUCAGUGCUAUGAUGCCUGUGUUGCUCUGGAAUUUUCUGAGUUGCACUUAAAGAAAAGCUUUUCUUUUUCUUCCAUAGGGUGACUCUUAUCCUGUUUUAUGGUGUAUAAUGAAGGCCUGAAAGGUGUCGGAAGUUUUUAAGGAUUUUUUUUCUCUGCUUGGUUUUUGCAUGCAAGGUUCAGAUCCUCAUCUAGGCUGGAAGCGUGAUAGUAGGAGAGCUAGUGAAACGGUGGUGUCCCACGAGAGUGAAAGUUGGACAGUUGAUAGGAAAGGAUUUCUAGUCACUAGUUCAAACUUUUUUUCUUUUUGUGUUAACACCCAUUUAAUGUUAACAACUAACUUACAUUUUGGAGAAAGGAAGUUUUUGUUUAACCCUGUCAGUUAUGGUAUGAGAGCUCAGACUGAACAUCCCACUAGCUUCCCAGAUGUCAUCCAGCAAGACCAGGGAAACCCCCUAGCUGAAAUUCCUGAUAUUUAAAAGAUAAAGAGCAAGUGAGUGUCUCUUCCUCUUUAAAGCAGGCCUUCUCUGUACAUCAUAAAGAAUCCAAAAGGAACACCAGCCUCGUUCUUUGAAUAGUCCUUUGCAUUUUGUGACCAAAUUUUAACAUUCAAAUGGUGAUUUUCUCCCCUCCCGCGCCCCCCACAGCCAAUAUAUUACUGUAUAUGAAACUUACAAUUUGGAGUUAAAAAUACACUGCCGGUAAAUCUGUUUCAGAAGGAAACAAAGAGCUCUGUGGCAAAUACAGGUUUGAAGCAGCCUCUCCCCCUAAGAUAUGCUGCUCUUACUAUGGAUAUCUGUGCUCCCAGCUGUCUGCUUUGCUCCCAUUUGGGUUCACACUGCAAUGUGGACCAGCAAUGUUGUUGCCAUGGUUAUUGGGCACGGAAAAGGGCCUGGAAAAUGCUGCUUUAUGGCCUCAGACAAAGAUUCAUGGAAAUAUCCCUUCCUUUCUCCCAUCUUCCCCCGCCACCGCCCCAGUUUUUAUUUUUAAAUUUCAGCAGAAUGACUGCACCCAGCGAGCCCUGUGUGGUAUGUCAGCGUGGGGCCUUUGUGAGCUGAAGUUCUUGGUGCUGAUGAACUCGCGCUGCUUCAGCCUAGUGAGGAAUCCUCUUUAGUGCCAAGAGACUUAAGGAGGGACCUGUAAAAUUCUGAACUCGGGAGCAAUUGCAUCUGCCUGAGAUCUGGAAUUUCAAAUGGGGGCUCUGGUGUUACUGCAGUAACUGUCUCUAGCUGGUGACCCUGCAGCCCGACAAGUCAGAAACGCUUACAUUAGCAUUUAAUUCCCACCCACCCCCCCAAGGCUAAGCCCUGUCCCUUCCUGGCAGGGCUGCCUGGUGCCACCCAUGAAUGCUGCAGGUGCCUGUUUAUUCUGAUCAUUCCAGCUGUGGAGGGGAGCAGUCAGCAUUGGUAUUGGCAGCUGUAGCCCAUUGAUUACAGUGGAAUCAGCUGCACUGGUGUAGAUCACGUGUAAGCUAGGACUUGGCACCAGUGGUUAAUAUCCUCGUGUGGACAAGGCCUUAGUGCAGCUCUAGAGCCCAAACUGUAGAAGUUUCCAUUUAACAGAAGCGUGACUCCCUGUUAGUUCCAUACACUCUGCCCCACCUCCUUCACGCUGGGCAUUACCAAAAGGGCCAGCACUUCCUUGCAGCUGGUGUAGCUAGGGCCAUUGGGGAACUGCAGUGCUCAAUGACUAGCUAACACCCUAUGGCCAGCUUGCCAAGUCCAAGUGCAGAACCCACCCCUAUUAAGGGCCUGAGAUUGGAUUAAUAGCAGGCAGGAGUGCAGCUCCCACCCUUGCAAAGCUUUGCUUGAAGGAGGAGAGCAGGAUCAGGGUAAAGAGUUCAAGGCGAGUCCUGUAUCUUCAUUCCAGUGUCAGAUUGAGUGCCACCCUAUGACCCAGCAGGGAGCUUGCAGGCCCAUAUCUCACAGGGUUUUCAGAACGUGCCCAAACCCUCUGGAAGCCAGGAAUGUUGGGUUUAUACCCAAAUUCCCUUUUCACUGGCUUCAUGAACUCAGCAAAGCAUGUGUCUGGCAGUGUGUGCGCUACAGCUUUCAGCAGUGUGUUCUGUCUGUUGGGGAGGGAGAGGCCUGGGGCAGGGUCUGAGACUGGUACAGGGGAGGGGAGACUUUUUUUAAAAAUGUAUUUAAUACUGUAUGUUAAAAGGACCUGCUCACAUCCCUGUUUCCCUGGAGAUAGUCUCCUGUCACUCCAGCAGUGGAGGCCUAGAAUGCAGAAAUGCUGAUGUUUUUUUCUAUAUGGGAAAGCGGUGAUCUAUUUCCCAUGAUCCCAUGACUUUAUUUGCUGCUGAUUCUUCUGGCAACUGCUUUUCUGGUUGGGAACUUGAUUUGAGGUUGCAACACUGGCUGGCUCAGGGGCUCAAACAGAAGCACACUAGUGUGUUGAAGCUGAAUGCUCGUGAAGAGAUUACCUGUUGCAAGAGGGAGAUCAGUGGCUGUGAUGAUUACACCUAAAAAUGGAUUCCCUGGAACAACCUCUUGAAGGUUCCAAGAGGGUGUUAAGCCUCUGAUACUGGUGUUUCUGUGGACUAUGCUUGUGCAUGGGCAUAGAAUGCCCAGCCUGUUGCUUUUGUAGGACGUGCCUGCUAUUGUCCCUUCUGAUAUAUGCACCUCCAGGUUUGUGUGUGCUGCACCGUGAGACAUCUUUGGUUUGUUUCUUUCCAUCUUAGAAACAGGAAGGCUAAAAUUUUCAGAAGUGACCUCUGAUUUUGACUGCUUGGUUCUUGGGUGCCCAAACUUGGGUAGUUUGGACCUGAGCUUUUUUUGGAAGAGCUGAGCACCCCAAACUCUAAUUGAAGUCAUUGGUGCCUCUGGAAAUUUGGCUCACGACAUCUCAAAGUAGGUACCUAAAAUCAGGCUACUUUCAAAAAUAUUCAUCCUAAAUUUAUAACUAAUAGACGUGGCUGGGAUCCUGACAGCCAAGACUUUGGCUUGGGACCCCAUCAACAAAAGCCAGUGUUUAGACCUAGCAGUUUUGAGUAUUUCCCUUGCAGAGGUCUCAGAGUAGCUAAGAGGUGGUGUGGGAAACACAGACAGAAAUAAUUUAGUCUCUCAAAAUGCAGACUCACCCGGACAGAGCUGUAAUGAGCAUCCAGCAGGCUAAGCUGACUGGUAAUUGUGACUCUCUUCUAGGAGAUCUGACACUGUCCUCGCCAUUCAGUGUUCCUGGAGUCAGCAGGAAAAGGGCCUCCAUGGUAGGAGAAGAGGAAAAGCAUGAUGUGUGGACCAGUGCUAGUGAUCAGCAAGAUAACAUAAGUUUUGAGAUGUGCUUUGACAUGGAUUUCUGCUUCCUUUAACUGCUUUGUAGUGGUCCAUGACUGAGGGUGCCUGUGGCUUUUCCAAAUAGCUUUUGGGAGCACUAGUUGCUGAUCACCUAGCUGUGUAUGCAUGCAGAGCCUCGUGCCCCAUGAUACUCUGCUUCAGGUGCUUGAUUGGAACGGGGACCCAUGGAUGUCCCAAUGUCUGCCCUAAGCCUUGCAGUAGAGGCCAAGAGGUUUGGCCUAUCGGGACACAGUUACAAAAUCCAAAGGCAAACAUGAGAAUAUUGGCUCCAAAAACCUGUGAGCCAAGAUCUGUAGUCCAGGUCUAUUACCCCUUUGUCCCACCACAGUGAGCUUUUGUAGUGCAUGCAGCACUAGGAGUCUGUCAGGCUGUCUUUGCCAUUCAGCUCUGCCUGUGGCCUACUCCACAAGGGCUUUCUACACUGGAGAAAUUGUCUAACCAGUUCAGCUAGACCAACUUUUUUUUUUUUUAAAAUGAAAUAGCCGGGAACCAUUGCCUAGCCCUGGACUGAAGCAGUUAAGGCAGCCUGACCCAGUUAGAAGGCCAAGUGGUCAAGGCUACUGCUCUGAUCGGGUUUUAAAACCGAUUUAGCUGUGCUGACUUGAGAGCAGUUAACAAAUCUGCCCAAUGUAGACAGACCCUUAAUGCCAGGCUGUGUAAGAUCCUUGCAGUUAAGUGAAUCAUUGAAGGCCAGAAUCCUAUGACAUAUGGAAAAACAAAGCAGAGAUCACAGCAUUACAGUGGCUGAAUGCUGCAGUUUCCAUCAGCUAUGGCCACUGCAACAGUCAUUGUAGCUUCAUUGUAUACAGUUCAUCUGUGUGAUGUGCCCUGAGCAUAAGCACCUUGAACAGAUUAGUCUCCUUUUGUCAAUAGACUUUUUAGACUAGAUGAUAGAAUCAGGUGAGGUGGUUUGUAACUGACCCCUAAGGGUGAUUGAGUGUGGUGUAGUGGCUAAUCACAGGAAUGGGAGAUGGGAAUUCUGGGAUCCACCUGGCUCUGCUGCUAAUUCAAGAGCCCCAGUGAGAUGGGGAAAAAUCCUUGUCUACCUUGCAGACAUGGUAAGGCUUAAUCCGUUUGUCUCUUGAGAUCAUCAGCUGGAAGGUACUACAGAAUGCAGUUUACGGGUAUUAUAAGAAGGGUUGACUGUUAUUCAAAUAUGAAUUGAACUGAGCAUUCAGGCCCAAUUAAAUUUCAUGUGUCUUGUGGAAACCUGAUGGGAUGCAAGAACGAUAAUGUAAAUUAGCAUGGCUCCAUUCUGGCUAUCACAUCAGCUGAGGAUCUGGCCUUUACUUUGCAAUUAACAUGCACAAAGCAGAAUUUUUUUUCUUAAAUCUGCACUAUGUAGCCACUGCUCCUUCUGGAUGUAUGGAUUGUUUGCAAUAGGUUCUCUAAGUCACCGUAAUGAGACCAGCUGGGAUAUUCCACUCUAGCCUGAUGUUCCCUUGUCCUUAGUCUCAUCCAUUCCUAACUAAUCAGAUGUACAGGAUGUGAAAUCUCUUGCAUUCCUGCAAAGUUCAGGGAGAGCAGAGCAAACUGUUGACUGGCCUGCAAAUAUUGCUGAUGCUUUUGGGAACCUCAGGCUGUCUAUGGGCUUUUGUAGGACAUGCGUGCUGUUGUCCCCAAUGGACUUUGUGAGGCGUGUGACACGUUAAACGUGUGUUUUGUUGUUGUGCACUCACCAAAAAGGGAGCCAUUUGCUUGGAUUUUUUUUGUUUUUUAAAGCAGCCGUGUGAGUGCAGGUUAAUAACAAACUGAGGCCAUGGUACAUGGCACUUGAGCAGGAACUGGAAGAGGCACAGAGAACUGGAGGGGGGGAGUCAUGGCGCUUGAGUCUGGUGAUGGUAGAAAAGGUUUUUUGGAGGGUAGGGGAUGGGGAGUGGCUACAGAAGGGUUCUGAUGUUCAGUGGCACUUGGUACCUGCUGUUCCCAUUAACUCUAAGGUUGAAGGUUCAGCACUAGAGCUGGUCAGAAUGGGCUUUUUUCCCCAUGGAAAAUUGAGACUGUGUGUGUAUGUGUGUGUAACCAGAAUAUUUUGGUUUGUAAAUAUUGCCAUGGUGCCUCAUGGGAGUCAUAGUUUGAGUGCCUCGUGUUCCCAUUGUCUUGUAGAGACUGGGCUUCUUGGUAUCACUGCAUCUCCCAUGAUGCACAACAGUCUCUCCUCAUGGUGAGGAGAGUUGGGUGCAUCAUAAGUCCUUGGCCAGGGCACAUCAUGGGAGAUGUAGUAUGGCUGGAGAGCCUGGUUCACAGAGGAGAAAGGGGACAUGAAGAAAUCAAACUACAGCUCCAUGAGGCACAAUGGCAGCAUACCCGACUUGAAAUGUUUUCUUCUUUGGAUGAAAUAGUUAGAUUUGGGGACAUUUUUAUUUUAUUUUUUACAAAAUGAUUAAAUUUUCCAUGGACACUUAGUGAAAAACUUUGUUUUUGUGUUUUGGGGUGUGUGUGGUGGGUUUUUUUGUUUUUGUUUUGUUUUUUGUUUUUGACCAGCUCUGUUCAGCCUCUCUGAAAAUGAGACCCAUAGAAGCUGGAGGAGUCCAUGAAAACUUCUGAUUGAAAGAAGGGAGUAGUGAAUACAAGGGCCCAGGGAGAGAAGUAAAGGGGGGGAUUGUGUGGAAGGGACCUGAUGGUGGUUGGCAGAGGGAAUGUGGAGGGAGUAUGUAACGUGGCACAGGGGAGCUGAAAUGAGAAGAGACUCUGCACAGAGAGGAGGGGGACUGGCUAUACAGCAAGUACCAGACCUGAGAGGAGGUGUAUAGAAGGGACUAAAAAGACAUGACUCUGAAGAAGCCUUUGCUAUAGCAGCCAAGGGUUUGAUCCUGCCAACACUGGGGAGUGGCAAAGCUUGUGUGGAUGGGUCCAGGCUUGAGGGCCAAAUGCCCUGUGUUAUGGGUUCUGUCCUGCUCCUGGAUGUUUCGCCUUUGGUUUCUGUGGGUGCAGGAGCAGGCCCUUUAUCUUCUGUCAAACGGCACAGUACCCAGUUAACUCACUGACAUGAGCUGUGCAGGCAAACAGGAACUGAGUGGAGGCCCAGUGCUGCUUCAGUAAGCACAACUUCCACAUGAGGGGGACACCUCUAGGAAGCUCUACUUUGGUACUCAUGAUCCUAGGGACCGGAGCCUGACAGCAGCAAGGGCAGGUAUAAAGGUUUUCACUAAAUGGAUCCCUCAAAGGAUAGCUGGUCUUUCCCUGGCACGUGUGUGGGGGAAGCAGGCUGGCACAAGAGAAAGGGAUGUUUUGCUGUACAUCUCUAGGAUGGACUGAGCUAUACUAUCAAUGUAGGUUUGUGUGCAGCGAAAGACUUCUUUUUCCUCAAGUUACUCAUACGCCAUAACCUAUUUUGAAUAUUGUGGGGCUCAGUGAUAGGUCUCGCCCACGAGCGAGAGGGUCUGGAUUUCCAUUCAGUAUAUUGCUAGCUUUCAUGGACUAUGUAUUUUGUGCUACAAUUGACUGUUGCCUACGCUCAUCCUUCACUGAGCCUAGAGUCCACUGUCGGAAUCCGCCACAUCACAGGAAGGAUCUGUGGGCCGUGUGUGUGUGUGUGUGUGUGUGUGUGUGUUUGGAUUCACUUUUCUCCCUCCUACAGCUAGAUUCUCCCUGACUCAUGCUUUGGUGUGGAAGGGGUCCCACCCUUCUCCCAUUUUCAUGGCUUUUGGGGACCAUGUUGAGCCUCAGGAGAAGGUGACUAAUGUGAUACCUGGAAUGAUACCCUGCGUUACGUGAGCUUAUGACUCUGCAGGCUUGGCCUCCACUAAGGUGACAGUAAAAAUUGAGCUCCAAAGCUGCCUUUGAGGAACGCUGUGGGUAAACAGGGGACUCCAUCCUCCAGAGCUGUCAACCCAGCACCUGACCCCAGAAGAAUUGACUAAGCCAGACACAAAAUGCUUUCUGGUUCAGAGUAGAAUUGAUUUCUCUCGGGAACUGGAGCAGACUCCUGUUUCCAUGGAAACAAGAUUUCACUCUCUCCUACCCUACUGUAUGUGCCAUGCACUAAGCUCUCUGAGGCAAGCCUAUUUGUUUCCUAAGAAUCCGGGACCGCAACAAAAUGUCCUGUAGCUUGUCUAUGCGGUUGUUGUGCAUGAGGAACAGCAGAAGUGCUGCUGCCUUUUGGUAUCUGGAGCAAAUAUUUUGAAUGAGAGUGUGCAGAGCAGGCUGGAUACUUGGAGUCCUCUUCCCCCAAACCCUUCAUGCUAAAUGUGCUCCAUUCUCUGUUCAAGAGUGUGUAUGCUUCUGACCUAGAGCACAAACCCUCUGGAGAGACACUGCUCCCUCUGGACAGUGCAGUCUGUUUAGUGUCAGCCAGUGGCUGCUCUAGACUUGCAAUUCUGGAAGGGAAGCAGGGAGUCCUGAGAGUUAUUUAAAGGCACAAUUGUAUCACAGCCUUUUCUGGAGACUAAUAUCAGUGGGUCUUAAUUUCUUCAGAGAAGAAAUUUGUUCCCAUACUAUUCUAGCCCUGUCAUACUCUUCAUUCCUGGAUCCUACAAACACUGGAAAAUGCCCAUUGAUGAAGGUACAGUUGAAGAAAACCACUGCCACACAAAAGCCAGUGGUUUGCAUGUGUCUGUUUGUGUGCGGUCACCCUCCCUGAAAAGUGCUAGACAUCCCACUAUUGCAUCAGACAGUUUGGCAGGCAAGGGGUGGUCUGAGCAUUGGCCCAAGAGCCAGGAAUUUAUAAGCUGUAAUCUCAGCUCUGACACUUCCCUCCCUCUGUGAUCUUGGUCAGGUCACUUAAACUUGCUGCCUCCCCUUUUCUUCAUUGGUAAAAUAGAUAAUUUCUCCUACCUCACAGGGUGUUGAGACUGAAUUAGCAUUUGUAGGCAGCACUUUCCAAACAGAAGCUAAGUGUUGCUGUUCCUAGACUAGACUGAGAAGAGGCAGACUUGGGAUUUGCUAUAGUGGAGCGAUCCAUAAAAAGCUGAAAAAACAUGACCAUUCUUGACAAAAACUAGACACCUGGAAAAUCAGGAGUAGGCCAGACAGUGACUUGUGUGCAGGGCACAAAUUGUGAGGCCUCAUCCAAAGCUGGCUGCAGUCCCUGGAAAGACUCCCACCAACUACAAUAGGCUUUGGAUCAAACCCGUGUGGGAGAAAGGAAGGGAUAUUUUCCUUGCUGAAAUAAAGUAAUGACAUGAGCAAAUCCAAGGAGAGGAUGUGCGAGACAAGCAUGACUUUGGUUAGAUACUCUUCCUUUGGCCCUGCUUGUGCUGGAAGGCUCUCCUACCCCAUCCAGCGAUCCAGGCACAUGUCACACAUCCACUUCAUGCACAGUAGAUGUGUCCAAUGAACGGGAGGUGAAGGUAUGUGCGAGGGUAGAAUUGGCCGGCUGUGUGCAGGUACAAUCUGCAUGUACCCUUUGUGUAUGUGUCAGGGUUUGCACAGCUCUGCACUGUAUUUACUCUCUCUCUGUGUGUGUGAUGUCUUCUCUUUUUGUUCUAAGACAUUUUCCCCCCACACACACACACCCUGGAAGGGAAAGCUGAACCCAUGACCCUUCCAAAGCCCACUGAAGUCAAUGAGAGUCCUUCCAUUGUCUUGACUGGGCAUUGGACAGUGCCAAAGGGACCAGCAUCAUGAAAUCCCCCUCUGUUUGCGUCACCUCUCUUUCCUCCCCAAAUGUGGCCCUCUGUGUGGCGUCACAGUGAUGAAGUGAACGAUUUCUGCUGUGGAGUGCAUUGUUGGUGUCUGUGGUUUGGCGUCCAAGGUUCUAUCUGUUGCUCCUGAGGCAUUAAGGGAGCCAAGCUAUGAAACUGGGCUUCUUUGUCAUUACCCAAUUUGCUAAUAUUUGCUGUUUUAUGCGAGGUUCUUGUCAAGUUUGGCAUUCCCAAUACUGGCAUGAUUCUGUGCUGUUCUGUGUGUGCCCGGCAGCUUCUACUAAUGAAGAGCUCGUCUUUUCAUUUCCAGUUCUCUUUAUUUUCUUGGUGUAGUUCUUGAGCAGUAGCUAAUCAGGAACAUGGAAAAAACCAUUAGAUCCCCGUAUAACCUAUCCCAUUCAGCAACACUAAUCUUGGUUAAGAGUGUUUUGACUGAUUGGACUAUUUUCUGUGUAGAUUUAUUAUUUAUUUCUUGGUGUUAAAAGGGGGAGACCCACAUUCCAUCAUUUAAAAACCGGCUGGUUCAGUUCCAUGUUCCAUGUAGUAAUGUUUGACCAUUCCAUGUGUGUGUUAAAGUUUUGCUGUUCUCUUUAAUGCGUACAGUCCUCGACUUAUACGGUGUUAUUGAAAAACCACCAAAACAUUGUAUCCUGUUACUGUAGGAUCCUGGGCCAUACCUGUACUGUUUAAAAACUGCUGCUUUAAGGGGGAGAAUUUUUUUUUCCUAUUUGAAGAGGUUUUUAAAAAUAUUGUAAC